AUGACCAACAUGGACUGUCCAGCAGAGAAUGCUACUCUGUCCGAGAGCAGCAAUCAUCAGCGCUUGGACAAAGCUUCAGCAUCAGUUGAAGUUGAAGUUGUCGUGAGUGGUUCACAACAUCAACAAGAACCACAAGGAGAACCACAAGAGCAACAACCACAACAACCGAUGCGUUCGUGUUUGAAGCGAAACAAGUCCAAAAGGAAAAGCAACACUAAUGCAAGUGCAAAUGCAAGUGCAAAUGCUAAUGCUAACACUCAUCACCACAGGGUUGGCUUUGUGGAAUUCAUUACGGUGAGUGAAUGCCUUCACCAUCUAGAUUACACGAAAAAGGAAUACAAAGGCACUUGGUUCACUCCGAAAGAAAUGUCGAAGAGUCGAGAAGACUAUCGAGAUGUCUUGCAACAUGUGGGCAGUCUUGCCGCCCAUUUGAGCCAAGACGAAGAACUCUGUUGCACCCGCGGAUUGGAAUACAAAACACCCAUGGGCAACAAGAGACGAGAACAAAACAAACGCGUUGCUUGGCAAGCUGUGGAACGCGAGCAGUACCGUCAAUGGGAUCAAGGAUUCAAGGACGAACAAGCCUUGGCGGAUGAGUAUCAAAUAGCGACUCAUCAUUGCGUCAAAAAGGCCAUUCUUUUGGCCCAACAAGAUCGUCAAGCAGUGCUCGCUCAAGCCAAGUACUACCAAAUGGACGGACUCAGUUUGGGGUCCUCCUCCUCUUCGUCCUCCUUGGCAGCAUUGUCGAUUGCCGAACAAACGUGCAAGUCUACUACUUCCUCCUCGGCGCAUUCCCGUUCGAGCCAUAAUUCCCUGGCUUCGGGUUCCCCCUUGUUUGUUACUUCCAAGCAUCAUCAUGGGGUUGCUGCGGCUACCAGUGGACGAAGACCUGUGCGAUCUCAAGGCCGCGUUUCGCGAGCGGCCUAG